AUGGCUACACCCGAGACUCGUCGCAAGACUGUGGGUGUUGAUCUCCGGAUCCUCUUUGACAACGUCGAGAGUGGCGGACUCUUCGACAGCGUGGGGGCCUCCCGACUGAGGCUUGUCUUUGAAAUCGGUUUCUCCAGUCGCGAAGCGAGCGAACCAGCGCUUGAUAGUCCUGAUGAUAGUGGUGCCCUUGCCCAAUCUGCUGCUGAUGUUCCGGGGUGCUGCCGUUGCUCCAAUGCGGUCACGCCACUCAUAAAAGAUGAUAGCUCGAAUUUGCUCUUGCGUAAUUCACAUCGUGAUUAA